UUUGCCUCAUUAUUUAAUAACUAUUUUUUUGAACAACACAAGCUGCUACAUCUCAAACCUCUAUAUAUAUAUUCUUUAUCAAAACAAAAAUUCUACAGAAUACUACUUUUCGUACUCAAUUCAGCACUCAACUCUACGACUGCCCCAUCUCUAUAUAUAUAAUUUGCUGAAUGAUUCACUCGUCUCAGUCUAGGUUGGUCACCGGUGUGAGAGUGAGUGGCAGAAUCUUCUUCCCUGUUUGGUGACGAGAACAUAGACACCAACUUCUUCCUCUCCUUCUUGUUAGGAAUUUGGAAUAAAAUCGAUUUGAUCCAAUGCUUCGCUUCGCAGUUCUCGGCCUGGUGGGUGUUGCACUUGUAACAUUGACGAUGUGGGGCGCAAGUGUCCCAGCUGUCGAAAACAAUGGAACAAAUAAAGAAUACCUACGUCCGGAGCCCGAUGAUGGUCACCUGGGUAAUUUGAGUGAUGUCCGAUUCUUACUGUGGACCAGGUCUAACCCUGGCGAUGAAGAACACUACCGCCUCCUGCCGGGAAAUCUAACAAAUUUGAACGAAUCGCCACUGGACCCUUCUCUCCCCCUGCAUAUGAUGUACCACGGAUUCAACGAUCACGGAGAAUGUGGCUGGAUUAGGAGGUCUAAAACGAGGUUAUUAGAAUUGUAUAACUGCAACGUCAUCUCGGUUGAUUGGCAGACUUUGGUGCCCAGCCCUUGGUACAAUUUGGCAUUUGAAAAUACAUUCAAGAUUGCCAACUACACAGCUGACCUAAUUGACUGGAUAAAUGCAGAAAGGGGUCUCCAGCCAUCUCAGAUACACAUAGUAGGUCAUUCUCUUGGUGCCCAGGCUGCAGGCCUGACAGGCAAACGCGUCGGGUCUGGUCAGGUUGCCAGAAUCACGGGUUUAGAUCCAGCAGGACCCCUGUUUUACGCGAAGGACUCGGAACAUCGCAUCGACAAGUCGGACGCUGGUUUUGUGGACGUCAUACAUGCCAACGGUGGCUCGAUCCUUGAUGGCUGCAUUGCACUAUUCGAGCCCGUAGGACACGUUGACUUUUUCCCCAACGGAGGACACCACCAGCCGGGUUGUGAAGUCGUCAAUGGCUCUAUCAUAGACGACUGGACAGAUCUCUUCGAGGGAUGCAGCCACAACAGGGUGACGACUCUUUGGGUAGAGAGUAUCUCCGCCUUCGACCCUGGCAAGGUUUUUAAGUCAUGGCCAUGCUCUGAUUACGAGUCCUAUAUGGAUGGUCAAUGCCAGACUUGCGGGAAAGGUUGUCUUGAAAUGGGAUUCCACGCAGCUCACAGUUUACAGGGAGAAUACUUCCUAAGAACCAACGCCGAAUCCCCAUUUGCACGAGGUGACGAACAGUCCAGCUGAAAUGAAGACUACUACUUCUCAACUUAUCCUUUCAUGAGGUCAGCCUUUUCCAGCUGUAACAAAGGACAAUUCGCAAUCCCAGAGCGGUUGGAAAAGCAAAAUUAUAUCUUUAUGAAUAAAUACAAAAACGUUA